AUGAAAGAUCUUUUCUUCGGUUUUGUAACUGAAUAUGAAACACCAAAAAUAGUUACAAUACAUAGUUAUACAAUUACGACAUUACUUCGUAUUAUGCAAAUUCUUCUUUUACUCUAUUCAAUACUCUAUUUGUUUAUUCAUGAAAAAGGUUAUCAGAAACAAGAUUCAUCCAUUAUUUCAUCAGUCACACUUAAGGUGAAAGGUAUUGGUUAUAUCCAUACAAAAAACAAUGAAACAUUUAUUAUUGAUGGAACAGAUUAUAUUGUACCACCAUCAGAAAAUAAUGCUAUAUUUAUAAUGACAAAUUUCAUUCAAACUGAUCAAGUUCGAUCUAAAUGUGUUGAAAGUAUAUCAGUUCCAGAAGCAAAUUGUACACGAGAUAUUGAUUGUCAAAAUAAACCUUAUAUGCCAAAUAUCAAUGGUCGGUGGACAGGUCGUUGUUUAUUUUCAUCACCAUUAGAUAUUUCUAAUGAAACAAAUAAUAUUACAAAUCAAACGACAGGUUUAUGUGAAAUUCAAGGUUGGUGUCCUGUCGAAGAUGAUCUUCAAGAAAAAACAUCUAUUAAAGAAGUUCUUAAUUUUACAAUAUUUAUAAAAAAUUUUGUUGAAUUUCCUGCAUUUAAUAUUAAACAUAAAAAUAUGGUUGAAAAUUUAAAACAAUGUAUAUAUCAUCCAAUUAAUAAUAAAGAUUGUCCAAUAUUUCGUCUUGAUUAUAUAAUCAAUGAAUCUGAAAAAAAUGUUACUGAACGUGAAUUAAUGUUACAUUCAGGUGCUGUUAUACGUGUUAAAAUUGAUUGGGAUUGUAAUUUAGAUCGUAGUAUAAAAUUAUGUAAACCACUUUAUUCAUUUGCACGUCUUGAUACACCAUUUGCUGAAGAAACAUUUUCAGUUGGUUUUAAUUUUCGUUUUGCAUCACAUUGGAAACAUCAUAAAAGAUAUUUACGUUCAUUAACAAAAGCUUAUGGCCUUCGUUUAAUUAUUUGUGUUAGUGGUAAAGCUGGAAAAUUUGAUUUUAUUACAUUAACAUUAAAUACAGGUUCGAUAGUUGGCAUAUUUGGUUUAGCAACAUUUAUUUGUGAUAUAAUUCUUCUUAAUCUAACAAAAAAAGCCUCUAUCUAUAGAGAUUUUGUUUUCCAACGUGUUAAUAUUCAACGUACGCGUAAUAAUAGUGUUUCUCAAAGAGUUCAAGAUCAUGAUGAACCUAUGGGAUCUAUAUAUGAAAAUUUUAAUACUGAUGAACAAACAUUUUCGUCACCUAUUUGGAUAGCCGAACCUUUCGUAAGAUUUACAGAUAAAACAUGUACAAUAACAUCUUCACCUACUCUUAUUAAUUCAAAUCAACUAUUAAGAUUACAACCAAGUUUAGGUCUUACUAAUAUAAUGAAGUAA